GCGACUACUACGCACAGAUUAUAAGUUUUCGGAAAUUUAUCAACAUCUUAACAUGAGAUCAAUCCUGAGUAUGGUUUACCUUUGUGUGCUGGUUGGUUUAUCAUCAAUGAUCACACAAACUCUUUGCUGCAAGUGUCCGACACUUACCCGGGAGCAGCGAUUCUGUAACAGUGACUUCAGUUUGGUUGGGAAGCCAGUAGGGAAAUUCUUGACCAAUGAUAAGAACUCAACCGUCCAUGUUAUUCAAGUUCGCCUCUUCAAUCACUUACCUUUAAAUGUAGGUCCACACUACAUUGAAUUAGAAAGUCCAAUUAGCCAAACAGGGUGCGGGAUACAGUUGGAGAUUGGACACGACUAUGUUUUUAACGCUAUUUUUCUCGGGGGAAUCAGAGGGAAAAUAACAAAAUGUGGAUGGAAUGAGAAAUGGGCGGAGGUUCCGGAAGUGUUGAGAAGACCACUUUUAAUGAAUUCAAUUCCUUGCCCUGAAGUGUUAAACCCUGCUCAAAUUGAGGCCUUCUUUGAUUAUCAUAACUAGAUUAUUUUAAACUAACUUGUUUUCCAUUGCUUUGUAUUGUAAAAAUUGUGUUGUUGUUGUUGUUUUAUUUUAAAUAAUUUAUUUGAUUUUUGUACAAAGAAUGAGUUAUCUAUCUUUGAUCAGUUUAAAAAGAAUUACUAGAUGCAUAAUGUAAUCUUUUUUUAGCAUAUCAAAAUAGUCCAAAUCCUGCACAGAAUUUAGUUAAUUAUGACAAUAUGUUUACUAGUUAUAUUCUUUUACAUGUUAUUUAGUGAUACAGUAUUUGUCAUAGGGUAAAAAUGUAUUAAAAUGGGUCCAAUAGAUUAUUUUGUUUACAUCUACUUAAACUUAUGCAAAUAUUCUUUCGCUGUGUUCUUCAAAUUUUGAA